CCAUUGGCGGCUAGGCAUGUCAAUCAUUGGGUCCCGGCCAGAGAUUCCCAGCCAGCACUCGGCAAUCACCGUCCAAAGCUGACAGGGGGCAGACCUGUGUGUAAACAACACAGGUCUCUCCUCUGUCAGCAUGGACAUGUUGUUUUGUAUUUCUCUGCACAGCAAACAGCAUGUCUCCCUAGUAAAACAGCACAGAGAACACAUAGUAAAACACACACAGCAUACAGUUAACCCUUUGACCGCCCCUCAUGUUAACCCCUUCCUGCCCAGUGCCAUUAGUACAGUGUCAGUGCUUUUUUUUUAGCACUGAUUACUGUAUUGGUGUCACUGGGGAUGUCAGUGACAUCAAGUCAGUUCUCCCCAGUGUCACAAUGCCCAUCGCAGUCCCGCUAUAAAACGCUGA